UAACAAUUUAUUAAAACUUCGCCUUAAACGCUAGAAUGCAGUUGACGAAAUGAAUGCAUGUGAUAUGAUAUGAAGGUAUCGCAAGCUCAUUAGCCAGACCAACGAAUUACAUACAUAUGUUACGUAAUUUUGAUUAAAAAAGACGCGUGAAAUACGAACCACAGCCAUAACGUACUUUUCAUUAAUUACUCACAAAAAUUAAGAUAAUACUCAGUCACUUUACUAAAAAGUGUUACUUAUGAGACACUAAGAUUUUUAUUCUAAAGAUAACAUUAAAACCUGCGCAUGAGUGCGUCGUAUCAUAAACUAGGCGAGUUAAAGUAACUUCCUAUUCAUAGUUCGUACGUAUCUUCAGUUCAGUUAGCAACCGCAAGAAUUUGCCUCGGCUAGGUAUAUACACAAAACAACAAUACUCGAUUGAUACCGACAUUAAUGCCCGCUUAACAAUUGAAUGAUAAACGACAUUAUUGCAAUGCGAAUAACCAAAGAUUGAUUCUCGAUUCGGUCCACGAACCCGUUUUUAUUGGCAAUCAAAUUUUUGUCUAUUAUUCCAGAACAAAUAUGCGUCACGUACCUAAACUAUACUUGAUAAUAUUUAAUUUGGAGUUAACUAUCAAUUAGCAUAUUCUUUCGUUCGCAUUCCGAUGUGAUCAUAAAAAUAUAGGUGCGUAAUCAGCGCGUAAAUUAAUUCCCGCUUGUUAAUAGUUUGUCAGGCGUCGGCAAGGGCCAGGAAUGAUUUCCUUGUGUUAUGACGAAGUACUCACCAUCCAUACCACUUUGGAUGUUACGGAUGCGUUCCGUGUCCAGUCUGCUAAAAGCAACUCGCACGCACGUACAUCGGGCGACGCGUGUACAGCGGGAUCCCGCCCUUAAACACGCUGGAUUUUUCUACUCAUAAAACCUUUAUUUACGUUAAAAAUAUUAUAUGAUAGUUCGAUAUAUUUUAAAGUGAAUUGUUUUAAUUUUUCUGUUGAAAGUAGGCGUUAAAAUUCGGCAUCCAUAUUAGAAUAGGAAAAUGCGAGGAAACAUGAACGAGGAUCUUCCAUCGCUAUGGCAUCGAACAAUUGUGGAGUGACGUGACGCAAACAGAUGUUCGAUCCCGAAUAUUUUGAGACCCAUAAAGUCCACCCAUAUUAAGAAGAAAACCAUUUAGUUUUCGUUACUCAAUAAAAUGUGCCAAGACAAGUAUAACUUACGUCAUAAAAAUUCACAGUGAAGUCGUAAAAUGGAGAAGACAGGACAUUUUCUUAGUAAAAAGUUAAUAUGGGCCUCAGUAAUAGUUCAAAUUGCAAUGUUAUCCUCGGCUACAAACUUGACCACGACCGAACUACCACAGGUGCCAGAACCACUAGAAGUUGACAAUGAAGUGGAGGUCGAAGGCGAGGGGUUCGCGUGGAGCGCCUGGGGCAGCUGGAGUGCGUGCUCGCGGACCUGCGGCGGUGGAGUCUCCGUGCAGGAGCGACAGUGUCUGCCCAGAACUCGGAACAUAUCAGACAACAGUAUUGUUCAGAAGCCGGUGAUCUCGGUGCGGGUGACGCGGCAGACUCACGAGCCGGACUGCGCGGGAGUCGACAAGAGAUACCACGAGUGCAAUAAUGCUCCCUGUCCAGAUGGUUUGAUAAACAGUCGAGCUGAACAAUGUGCGGCGUUCGAUAGAAGACCAUUUAGAGGAAGGUUUUAUACAUGGGUACCGUACAUAGACGGUAAUGCGCCAUGCACGUUGAACUGCCGUCCUCUAGGGCAGCAGUUCUACGCAUCUCUCGCAUUCGUCGCGGACGGUACACCCUGCACGAGGCAAGGCUUCCGCGCUAUCUGUAUCCAGGGGACCUGCAAGGUAAGUUUAUAUAUGUAACUGAUAACAGAAUAGAUAUCACAAUAGAUUAAAGAUAGGACAUAG